GGGACGGAUCGGGACGGGUCAGUGGUUUUUUAGGGUCAAACUUACACCCCUAACUGGAAGAAGCCUUCGGCGGGAACGAUGAAAAUAAAUGUCGAUGCGGCCGUUUUUGAGGGAGAAGGGGCUGGAGCUGGGAUUUUUGUGCGGGACUGGAAUGGUUUUUUCCUGCUCACUGGCGGUUCGUCGAGAUUGGCGGCAGUGGCGACUGGAAAUUGUCGAGCGCGAGGCCAUCGGUUUCGCUCUGGAAGUGGUGGAAAUGAAGGGAUUUUUGGUGGUGGAAAUCGAAUCAGACUGCUUGAAGGCCAUCUCAAAGCUCAAGGAUGACGUGGACUCGCUGACAGAAGAAGGGGGACUCAGUGCGGAGCUUAGGGCCACGGCCCAUCUGUUGGGAGGAGAUGCCACCCUUAUCUUUACUACGGCUGUUGGAGGCUAUUGUAACCUAGCGGACGGUUAAGCAAUAAAAUUUCUACCAGGUUCCUAUAUAAAAAAAAAUUAUAUACCAUAUAGCAUUAGUUAUAUUAUAUAUAAAGUUAAUAUGUAUAACGAAUUAAAGUUUCUUGUAGGCUAUUGAUGUAUAAUUGAAACCAGUGAAUAUGAAGUAUUUAGUUAAUAUUCAAUAAAGGGUGCUUAUUUUC